UUUGUUCUCCACCAAUCGUUGAAGUUGACCGUUGCGUUGUUUGUUUCUGUUUAGAGAUUGGGAUCAGAGCUAUUGUACGAUUCUGGAGUUUCUAUAUUUUGCAAAUUUGAGUUGGCGUAUCUAAUACUUGUCAACUAGUACAACAUGAUUAUCAAAACCUUGAUUUAUUUCUGUUUCCUAUCCGUCUUAUUUGGUGGUGUAAUGAGUGACCGAAAGAUAACGGUCUCUUUAAACCCUGGUUGCAAUGUCUCCAACUGCAAGAACAUGGUGUUGGCCCACGUGAAGGCAGAGGGUGAGAACGAUACACUUCACCACUUGUGGGACUUCACUGGCAAACCAGCUCUCCUUUUAGCAGUCACUCAGCCCAAUGCUACCAUCACCGUAGCGUGGCAGGACUUCUCCUUCGGGCUUGACGGGGCCAUCACUAUAGACCCACCACCCACUUACAUCUACGGUGUUGUCAUCGAUCAGAUGAUUGAAUUCAAUGACGAAGAAGACACAGGAGCGUUGAAUCAGAGUUCUAGCAAUUCGUCCUACGUAAGCCUGAUGGACACCAAGAACUUUGAUUGGAAGAUAUCCAAUUUAACCAACAGCAGUAGCAAAGCUUCUCUUACUAUCGAGGCUACGGAGUACAGUGAUGAACAGCUUGGCAUCAAGAAGACUGGCAUAAUUCGCAUUGAGAUGAGUGCGUACGGGGGAGAGGAUCACGGUGACGUUCUGCCCCACCUGCUGCACUCGGGCAACGCCUCACAGAUGGAUCUCACAGUGGAGAAGUUGACAACUCAAUACACCAACUCGAGGUUUGGCCUGCACUUGGUGACAGUCAGCUCAGACAAUGUCAACGGCACUGUGACGGUACGGCCCCGCAAGACCCUCGAUGACGAACACGCUCCCGGAGUGUUCACAAUGGUGGAGAUGCUGACGCCCCCUGCUAUGGCGGGCCAGUGUGGCGGGUACUUGCAGUGGCGGCCCGUGGUGUACACAUCGUCUGCGCGCGAGAUGACAAGUAGUACUGAGACCGUGGAAUACGCCGUGGCCGCCCCUGCUGAACCCAGCCGCGCACUCAACCUUACCCUGCUCUACUCUGUGUUCGGCAGCAGACUCGACGAGAUGUUAGUUGUUGCCACCAACAUCACCUUCGGCACAGCUGGCGAUGGAUUUUUCCACAAAUACCAAUACGCUGCAUGGACUAUGCUUGUCGGCUACGGACAUCCACCAGAGGAGCAGUUCUCGAUGUUGGUAACCCUGGUGCUGCUGCUGGGCCUCGGCUUGCCUGCCAUUGUCAUUCUGACAGGAACCGUCUGCAUAGUUGUGAGGCGUCUGCAGCGCAACAAGGACGACCUGUUCCUCAGCCGAUAAUAACUCCCUGCUCUACCCACUGGUUGUCUCCACGUGUCACGAAUUUCUUGUCUCAACUCAACAAACAUAUCAUUCACUAGUCUUAACAUUUGUUUCGGAACGCAGGCUUAGUGGAGAAAAGGAAGAUAAUUAUGUAAAGCGUGUGUAUAUCGGUACACAAUCUAAUGGAUACCGAAUCCUCCACCUUUUUCUCUCUGAUUGGACGUUAUCUUUUUAACUACUCUAAUUUUAAUAAAUUGAAGUCUUCAAAAAUUACGAGUUUCUCUGAAACAAAUACAUUUUAUUUCAAUCCCUUAACUACAUAUAAAUGUGGCUUUUUAUUUAGCAAAUUAUAUUAUUUCACUUACAGUUUGUCUAAAUGUCACAAAGCUCAAGUAAAGAAAGAGUUUUACUUUAAGUAGUAAACAGAGAGAAUUCUAACAUCAAUGUUGGUUCACGGUCCUUUAGUAAUGAUCUAUUUAUUUUGUCUUUAUAAAUCGUUUGUUGUAACACUUUAGCUGCCAAACAGCAGUUUUAAAUGUUCCAAGUGCACCAAAGUUCCUCAAAACCUUGUUAAUUAAUAAAUAAUCAAUGUAAAAAUUUUAUAACGUGACGAGAGGACAAGAGAUUCGAGACAACCAAUCUGAGGGUCUCUUACAUACCAAAGUUUAUCGUAAUCUCCCGUAAGUUGAGUGUGACUGUUGGUUCUCCACCGCCCGGUGUAUCUCAAUGGUAUAUUUCCCUGUAGUAACGAUGUUUACCUACUCCGAUUCCGUCUAACUGUACAUUCCUCUAUAAGUACAACGAUCGCAGCUUUUCCUAGGGUUAACGCAAGAGAUGAUAGAGUUAUUUUCUUACGGUUAGUAUACUGUUACGGUACAGGCUGAUAGUUCACUUUUCAUGUAAGAGUGUGAGUAUUGUAUUUAUUUUAAUUUGUAUCUACAAAGUAUUUGAAUUGCUCAUUUAUGUUUUAAGGCGGUCGCAGUUUGCCAGGUCAGUACGAUUUAUUAAUUUCCCUAAUGUCAGUAAUUUUAUUAAGCAAUGUAAAAAUGCAAUAACUUGUGUUUUGUUAUAAUCAAACAAAACACUUGUGAUCAAGUUGAUAUUUUUAUUAUAAGACUGCACCCUGGCACAAAAACCGUUUGUUUUGUAAGUAUUGUAGUUAGUCAAUUUACGUUUUAGAAAUCAGUAGAACGUUUUGUGUACGUUGUGUAUUUUCUUCAUAAAUUAUACAUUUUGAAAUAUUAUUUGUGAAAGACUUAGGAGAAUUAAGAGAUUUUGUGGUUAAACGGACUAUAUUAAACUCAUUUAAGAAAAUUGUAAUUUCUAAUCGGAUCAAGACAUACUCAACGUAUUUUAGUUUUGAAUAAACGUUUUAUAUGUACUGUACUUUAAAAUGAGUUUUUACAUUGGAAAGAAUCAAAAGGGGUUCUUUUUACAAUCGUAAAUGUACUUAAAAAGCGAAAAUUAAUGAAAUUGAAAUUAUUUGAUGUAAAAAAAAAUCCCAAUAAAGUUCUACUGAUUUUUAAAAUGUUUGUUCGUAAUAGUUGUAUUUUUUAGCACUUUAAGUUUGAAUCACGUUAAUUUAGUUUUUUAUACUAUAAUUAUCUCUAAGGAAGAGAAAAUAAAGUUUUAUUUAUAUACUCAUAUUGUUUAUAUAUUGCUUAAUUGAUAAUGAAUUGAUAUAUUUUGACACAGUUUGAUGAACUCUAGAUUGGAUUCUUAUUCAAAGCCGUUUAUGUAUUUUUUGAACUAAUACUCUUUGUGUGACGAAUGCAAUCUUUUGGCGUUAUUUAUGUUAAACUUGAAAUUAUAAUAUAUUAAAAUAUUAUGUUAAUGUAUUUUGCAUUUUUGUAUCUGCGUUAGAUCUUAAUGUUGAGUACGCCAUUGUGAAUUUUUAAAAAAAUUAAUGAUUUUUGUCAAAUAAAAUAAAUUAUUCUUAUCAAUAUAGUCUCAGAUAAACCUAAAUUAAUUAUAAGAUUUAUUCAUUUUAUAAAUGGAUAUGUGCUAUUAAGAUUGAAAGGGAAAAUCCAGUGACACAUUCGUCAAAUUGUGUUCAAAGUGUCAAUGUUUAUUUGUUUAUUUUUACCACUUAUCAAGUAUUUGUUCUCACUAUCUGGUCCAAUUCCAAAGUACGUUUACUAUCCACCAUCACGCAUAUCUUCUACAAUUAUGGUCUCUGGACAUGAAACAAUCACAUGAUUUACUUUUGUCACUUCUUAAGAUAAAGCAGUACGAAUCUUAGAUAUUUAUUUAAAUCUUGAAAUAAGGUGUGGCUUUAAGGUUGGAUGCGUUUGAUGUCGCCGUACCUCAAUCCUGAGCUGAACAUUCUCGAAAUGUGUACCUUCCGACCCCACUCAUCAUUGUGGUUGUUGUCUUGCACUCGUGCAAAUAUUAAUGUUAAGUCUAUGCUCAAUACGAUGUCAGUUCCAGCAUCUGUUUAUUGUUGACCUCGAGUCACGAUCUGUGUGAUGUUACAUGUGUUAUCCGUAAGUCAAUUAAUCAGAAAUAUAUUAUGAGAAAUGUUGAAAAAAUUUAAUAGAGUUAUCGGUUUGGCUUGCAAGAGCGUUGCAGUGCGUAGUACUUAUUUCGUUAAAGAUGACGCUCUGCACUUAAUUGUGAAUAUAGUGAAAUUUAUAGUUUCAGCAGAAAUCUCUGCAAGGGUCUAGUGGCUAAGCAUUUCGUAUUGAUCUCACAAAGGUUAGCUAUUCACGUUAGCACUGAACAUUCCUGUUGCAGAGUUUUAACUGGAACAAUAAGUCAAUUAUAGAUCCGGAGUGUUAUUUUUGUAUUUCAGCCAUGACACUGACGCUUGUUACAUUAAGCAAUGUAGACAUAUUUUAAUUAUGUAAGUUUAAAAUUUUAUUGGCUUUACUCAAUAAAGAAUGUUCUAUAUGAA